AUGAGCUCAAUGGCAUCGGUCGACCACGCACAGAACAUAUAUGCUUCUACCAAUGAGGCUCUCGAAGCAGCCAAACAUCGUUUUGCAAAGCGAAACACCAAAAGCUCACACUUACACGAAGAAGCCAGCCAGAGGUUACCUGGCGGUAAUACGAGGAGCGUGCUUCACACUGCGCCGUUUCCAGUAUUCCUGAAGAGCGGUACAGGGUACCAGGUCACGUCUGAGGAUGGACACACCUACACAGAUCUCGUUGGGGAAUUCACUGCCGCUUUGUACGGGCACUCGCAACCUCUCAUUCAAUCAGCUCUAAUUGACACUAUUAACAACGUCGGUCUCAACUUGGGCGGGACGACGACACUGGAGAUGAGGCAUGCCGCGUUGAUAUGUUCGCGCUACAAGCUCGAUCUUAUUCGCUUCGCCAACUCAGGCACAGAAGCAAAUCUGCACGCGAUUCAAGGUGCAAGAAAAUUUACCGGCAAGAGGAAGAUUGUGGUGUUUACUGGAGGCUACCAUGGCGGUUGCUACACGUUUCCUGGAGAUCAUCCUGCUGAGAACUGUGUCGAUCAAGACGAAUGGGUUAUUGCAGAGUUCAAUGAUGUCGAAGACGCGAGAAGAAAGAUUGAAGAGUCUGAGGAUGUAGCAGCAGUACUCAUUGAGGGUAUGCAGGGACGAGGGCCGUGUCUCGUGGGUACUCAUGCCUUCCUGCAUCAAGUUCAAGAGUCAGCAAAGAAGGUCGGCGCAAUCUUUAUUUUGGACGAGGUGCAAACAAGUCGUCUAGCACCAGGAGGCCUACAAGAGCUUGAAGGGCUAAAACCAGACCUCACGACUUUGGGCAAGUUCCUCGGGGGAGGGAUCACAUUCGGCGCCUUUGGAGGGCGAGCAGACAUUAUGCGAGUGUAUGACCCACGAGAGAAGGGCUCUUUAGGCCAUUCUGGCACUUUCAACAACAACACCCUUGGGAUGACAGCAGGAUACACCGGUCUCGCGCAUGUCUACACGCCUGAAGUCUGUCGCGACUUUAAUGCGAUGGGUGACAAACUUCGCCACCGUCUACAAGAGCUUUCACACGGAACUAAGAUGACAGUUACAGGCUUAGGUACAAUCAUGGGUAUACAUUUCUUGCAUGAUGGCAAAAAAGAGCUGAACAGCUUCCGAGAUAGAAAUGAGGAUCCUGAUUUAAGCAUGCUGUUUUGGCUCGAGAUGAUGGAGGCUGGAUUCUGGAUCACGCAGCGUGGUAGCUUGGCGAUCAUCCUAGGCACGCCCUGGGAGGAGUUGCAAAGGUUCGCGGACUGCGUAAACAGCUUUUUGAAGAGACACGGGAAAUUAGUGGGUAUUUGA